CAAGCAAUCCUAUUCCGCCAAUGGCAACUCAGCCCACAUCCAGAUGGCAAUCGAAACAAUAAUCGGAAAUGAAUUGAUGAAGCGGAAGGCAAAUCAUAUAGAAAUGUCAAAUAUGUAAGAGGAGAUCUGGGACAGGCUCACCCCACACGUUGGGCAAACCAAACACAGCCACGUCUCUUCGUCCUGCCGCUACGUGGGUCCCCAGCCCCACCAGAUGCCUUACGCAGCCACCUGCCUUCCUAGUUGUUUUCAUUUUUCCUUUUUUGGGUUUUUAACCAUCCUCUUCUGCUGAAUUCUACUCGGCUUCGAAUAAUUCUCUCGCUCUAUCUCUCUCCUCUCUCGGGAAUGGAAUUUGGUGGAAGGUGAGAGUUGAGAGUUGAGAGGUGAUCAUUCUGGGGGAGGGAUCAUGGGUGCUUGUGUUUCGUCCCCAGAAUCGUGUGUGGGAGGAAAGCUCAAGUAUCCAAAGAACAAGUUUCGGAAGAGGAGGAAAAUCAAGAGACGUGCGGUGUCUCGCUUCGCCGAUGUAACAUCAUUUGACAAGGCUGACAGGCCAAGUAGGCCUGGACCACCGCCGGAUCGAUCCUUCACCAACCCCACUUUCCGUGCGGGAAGUCUUGAUGAGGCAUGGUUUGAUUCUAUUCCAGUUUUUGAGUCUGACUGUGAAGAAGAGUUUGAAAGUGUUCAAGAAGAGGUUUUUUCUGUCAAUGGCUUUGAAGGUGCUUCAGUAUCAAGUAUUUCAUCUCUCAGAGAUAGUAGUCUUUGGGACUGUAAUGUCAACGUCCAACAUACCUCUGGCAUGGAUGGUGUUGAUUCUCAACUGAAACCUGAUGGGCCUUCUAAUGAGGCAAAGCAACCUGUGUUCCUUGAUGAAAUCUCCUUGACCGCGGAUGAAAGUGGUGGCAGAGAGGAAGGAAUGCUGGAAAAUUGUGGCAUUCUUCCAAACAAUUGUUUGCCUUGUCUUGCUUCCACUGCGUCCUCCGAGGAAAAGAGAGGAUCACUAAGCUCUAGUCCUCCAAGUUCACGGAAAAAGGGUGCCUUAAAAAUUUCCUUCAAAUGGAGGGAGGGAAAUGCUAAUGCCUCUUUACUUUCUUCAAGGAUGCUUCUGCAGAGGCCAAUAGCAGGAUCCCAAGUACCUUUUUGUCCGAUAGAGAAGAAAAUGCUUGACUCUUGGUCAAAUAUUGAGCCAAGCACUUUUAAAGUUAGAGGAGAGAACUAUUUCAGGGAUAAAAGGAAGGAUUUUGCUCCAAAUUAUGCUGCAUAUUAUCCAUUUGGUGUUGAUGUCUUUUUAUGUCCUCAGAAAAUUAGUCACAUUGCUCAGUUUGUGGAACUCCCUACUGUUAAUUCUUCUGGGAAAUUCCCACCAAUUCUAGUUGUAAAUGUUCAGAUUCCAUUGUAUCCUGCCACAAUUUUUCAGAGUGAAACGGAUGGAGAAGGAAUGAGUGUUGUUUUGUAUUUUAAACUUUCAGAAAGUUACUCUAAGGAACUUCCCUCCUGCUUUCAAGAAAAUAUCGGGAGGUUAAUUGAUGAUGAGAUGGAGAAAGUCAAAGGUUUUCCUGUAGAUGCAAUUGUACCCUUCCGAGAAAGGUUGAAGGUAUUGGGCCGUGUGGUAAAUGUGGAAGAUCUUCAUUUAAGUGGUGCAGAGCGGAAGCUUAUGCAGGCAUACAAUGAAAAACCAUUCCUUUCACGCCCUCAACAUGAGUUCUAUUCGGGAGAAAACUAUUUUGAGAUUGACUUGGAUAUGCACAGAUUUAGUUACAUCUCUAGGAAAGGAUUUGAAGCAUUCCAGGAUAGAUUAAAGAUCUGUGUCUUAGAUCUUGGUCUAACAAUUCAGGGGAACAAAGUCGAGGAGUUGCCAGAGCAGAUUCUAUGUUGUAUCCGGUUAAAUGGAAUUGAGCACAUAAAUUACCACCAACUGGGGUUGGGUCAAGAACCCCUUUGAAUCUACAUAUUCUCAAACAAUGUAAGGCUUAAAGUUUGAUAAAUUGAAUAAAAAUUCUAAUUUCCAUGGCA